CGACAAACAGCCCAUCGUAACACCGCGGUUUCAGAAAACCGGGCCAAGGCCAAGAUUCCGCUGAAAAGUUCCUCACCGCAGAAGCUUUCCGUCCAUGGCGAGAUAAGUCGCAGGCCACAGCCUUAAGCACCGAGUAAAGCCAAACGUCUAAGGUUCGAAUCGCAAGAAUCGCAAAAGAGGACCACGCGGCAGAAGGCCUUUAAAGCACCAAAGAAUAAUUCUUCACAGCGUUGGCCGGAGAAAGUUCCAGGUACAAGCUUACAAGAAAACGAAAUAAAAAAUAAUAAUAAGGUUUAUGCUUAGAGAAAAAGGCAUGAGAAAAAUAAUGUAAUGCUUUUUGUUAUCAUUUAUAAGUGCGCAGUUGUAGCUUACAUGUGAAGCUAGAUCCUGUGAGGAGAAAUUAAUCUGUAGCCUUCCUUCUUAAUCUGUAAAGUUGAAAGAACAGUAAAGGAAAGCGAAUCUGUGCUUUUAAGAUCUUUUCUUUUCUCUUUUUGAGCCGCCGAAGUUUUAGGCGUACAGAUCAAAGCUAGGGUUUCUUCUUUUCUUUUCUUUUCUUUUUAUCUGUAUUUGUUAUUGUGCGGCGAAAUGCGUUUGGAAUUUUGUUCGAAGAAAAGUAGUAAUAAUCAUCAUCAGGGUAGGGUUUUGGUGCACCAGAGGGCGGGGGUUCAAAUGCCGGAUCACUUCGAUCGCCUGCCUAAUUCAGUGGUAUUACUGAUAUUUAACAAGUUGGGGGACAUAAAGGCGCUCGGCCGCUGCGCCGCCGUUUCGAAGAGAUUCAACGGACUGGUGCCUCAGGUGGAGGAGGUGGUGGUGAAGGUGGAUUGUGUGAUCUCGGGAGAGGAUAGCGCCGGAGGUUUGGGCGGCAGGAGUAGGAGUAUUUUUGGCCAUCUCUUUCGGUUUGUGGUGGGGAGUAUAGUGAAACCCUUGCAGGCCCUGCAGCAGAUCUUAGGGCCGAAAAGAGUCGUCCUUGCAGAGGUCUCGCAUCAUUCCCCGGGAGAGGUGCUGAAGAAUUUCAAGGAGAUCCAAAACCUCAGAAUUGAGCUCCCUGGCGGGGAACUUGGGAUCGAGAAUGGAGUGCUCCUGCGGUGGAAGGCUGAAUUUGGCAGCACGCUUGAGAGCUGUGUUAUUUUAGGUGCUACAUCUUAUUUUCGAGGGGGUGGAGAUAAGAUUACAGGGAAGGAGGAGGAUGCGCUUUGUCAGGAUAAUCAUAACCACAAUAGGGAGCUGAGUAAUUCUCAGGAUGACAGUGGGAGCAUUCCAGAAUCGUUCUAUACAAACGGCGGAUUGAAAUUGAGAGUGGUUUGGACUAUAAGCUCUCUGAUCGCGGCAUCUGCCAGGCACUACCUGUUGCAACAGAUCAUUUCGGAUCAUCCUACGCUUCAGAGUCUGGUGCUUACUGAUGCGGAUGGGCAGGGAAUGUUGUGCAUGGGGAAAGAGCAGCUUAGGGAGUUUAGGGACAAGCCUCUGGCAGCUUCGGCUACUGCUAACCGGACGCAGGUCCCAGCCCUGAACAUGAAGCUCUGGUAUGCUCCAUAUCUAGAUCUUCCGGCCGGUGCUGGGAUGGAAGGGGCAACACUUGUUGCUAUUAGACCCAGUGAUCGGCCGAUAAGGAAAGAGACCGAAGCCUUUGUAGCAGCAGCAUUUGAUGAACCAUUUGGAGAGGCUGCAAAGGCCAUGGUGAAGAGAAGGACUUAUCUGUUAGAAAUGAAUUCAUUCUAGUUAACAAGGGUGUCGUUUGGUGGUGAUGCUCUGAAGACCCUUUUAAAACUUUGCCUGCAUUGGCAUACUAUGACAGAUUCAUGAUUAUGGUGAUGGCUGUGAGCCGACAGAUUCACGAUUCUAGUGAUGGCAGUGAGUCACAAAUCUUGGGAUCUGGUUAAAUGUAUAUUGUUUCCUUGGAAACCUUGUAAUAUUAUUGUUCACAAUGUUUUUGAUCUGAUUAUUUGCUUUCAUAUGUAUUUUGAACUGUUCUAGAAUUAUUAAUCCUAAUGCCUUCAGCGGGUUUUCGCCUUACUAAA